UUUUGCAUGUUACAUUUGUGGGACCAACUAGGCUGCUUCUCAUUCUAUGUAGUUGGCUUUGGCCUAAAUAUGCCCCUAGCUUUUGUCUGUAUUACAAAAAUGCAACCACUGUAUAUAUUACCGUAGAAGACAACCGGCGCAUAUUAGCAUCUCAUUCAACUUACAGUCACCUAGGUUAGAUCCCCAUAAUGGAGCUCUGAUCCGUUUGAUUGUAUCGUUCCUCGUCGGGUCAAUCCACUGCUAAUCGAGCCACGAACCGGAGGAACAUCUGCCGGUGCCGCCGGACGCAAGGACUUUACGAGCAGACUAAUUCACCGUUGAUCAGCUGCUCUGAAUACCGGAUUCCGUCGCCGCCGUUAUCAUCUUCUGUACUUGUUCUCUUAGCUUUCAUUCUUUUUAUGCAGUUAAGAGACGGUCUCGUCUGCGUUCUGCUCAAAAAAGCAUCCACUGUGUAUUAAUUUUUUGAUAUUUGUAUAUACGGACGGAGUAAACUAGAUGAAAACCGGCGCAUAUUAGCCUUCUCUUCGAUGGCCAGUCGCCUAAAUGUCCAUAGAGAACUAGCAUCGAUGAAUGGAGCUGUGAUCUGUUUGUUAUUUGUGAUUGAAUUGUUGUUUAUGCCUGUUUGUGUGAUUUCAUUGCGAAUCGGGCCACUUUCCGGAGCGGAUCCAUGUCGAAAGCCGCGGGAUUCUAGGGCUUUGUGGGCAGACCAAUUGACUGUUCUGAUCAACGGCUACUCCGAGCAUCGGAUUCCACUACUGCAUUCCAUCGCCGCUACAUACUCCGCCGCCACUGCCUCCGUCUCUGCCGUUAUUAUUCUCUGGAGCAACCCCUCCACUUCAAGCCAAACCCUAGCCGAGCUCUCGCAAAACCUCACAUCUAUCUCCACCGGCGGCGCCUCAAUCUCAGUGAUUCGGCAGCCAUCUACGAGCCUCAACCUCCGGUUCUACCCGCAGAAAUCGAUCACCACCCGCGCCGUCCUCGUCUGCGACGACGAUGUCGAGCCCGAUAUCGACUCCAUCAACUUCGCCUUCAACGUUUGGAAAUCCAAUCCGGAUCGCCUCGUAGGGUUCUUCGCCCGGUCCCACGACUACGACCUGUCGGAGAAGAAGUGGAUCUACACGAUGCGCAACGAUAAGUACUCCAUAAUCCUCACGAAGAUAAUGCUUUUCAAAUCGGAGUACCUCUACAAGUACACCUGCGAAACUCCGCCUGAGAUGCUCCGGCUAGUGGACAGAAUGAACAACUGCGAAGACAUUCUGAUGAACGUCGUCGUUUCGGAUUCAACCAACGCGGGGCCAGUUCUGGUGGGGGCAAAGAGAGGGGUGAGGGAUUGGGGUGACCCGAGGAACGAAGGCGGGGUGGAAGAGGAGAGGGGGGUGGGGUUGAGUAGCAGGAGAGGGGAGCAUAGGAAGAGGAGAGGGGAUUGUAUUACGGAGUUUCACAGAAUUGCCGGAAGAAUGCCGCUCCGGUAUAGCUACGGGAAGGUGGUGGAUCACGUCGGCGAACAGGGGCUUUGCCGGAAAGGCGACCGUUUGGUGUUCUGUGAUGAGCAAUCACCGGAUUUUAAAUGACUUCAAAUUUAAAACAAAAAGGUACAUUUUUGUGUAGCAUUUGUUAAAAAAAAAUCGUUUAAAUUAUGAAAUCCCAUUAUAGCAAAUUAGCAAUGCAAUUAAUUUGAUAUUUUGAUCCAUAUAGGUAGAGAUUGAAUGAAUUGAUUUUAAUUUUUA